UUUUAAAAUUUAGAAAUAAUAGAUUAAUUUAUAUAUAAUUGAAUUAUAUAUAUUUAUCAGAUUUUGUGAACAUCAAAUGACAAUAUGUCGUUAAUAUGUCGAAAACUAUGUUCUUUUAUUUUAUUUGAACAUUUUGGACAGAUUGUACAAUGCGUAGGUGAAGAUUUAUUUAAAUAUGGUGCAAAACCAUUAGUAUUAAUUCGACAUACAACACAUCUUCCUGUAACAAAGAUCAAAGAAGCAUUAUGUGUUUUAAUAAAAUAUGGUCUUGUAAAAUAUCGUCAAACAGAUAAAGGAAUAGAAUAUAUUUUAAUUUAUGAAAGAGUCCUAAAUAUUCUUCGUUAUCCAAAAUAUAUGUUUUUUGUAAAAACAAAUUGUGGAAAUGAAGCUGAAAUGAUGUUAGAACAAGUAUUAAAAAAUGGAUAUAUUACAGCUUCUGAAGUAAUUAUAAAAACAUAUAAAAGAAUUGAACAAUCACCCUCUAGUAUACAACCAUCAAUUCCAGUUUUAAAAGAGAAGUUUGAAUUACUUAUCAAAUAUCAAUUUUUAAUGCGUAGUACAAACAAAAAUGAAGAAGAAGGAAAUUCAAAAUGUGAUUUUACAUUACCAGAUUUGGAUUUAGCUGCUAUUGCAAAAUACUUAGAAGGAGACAAUUGUAAUCUUAAAGAUAAAAUUUAUUGGGAAAUUAAUAUUGAUCGUUUUACUCAAGAUUUUAGGGAUCAAAUUAUUGUAUCAUCUAUAAGUAAAAGACUUGAUAAAAAUGCAGGGGAAUUGAUGAGGCGAUUAUUAUUUCUUAUGUAUCUAAGGACAGCAUCAUGGGAAGAUACAUCUAAUCCAAUACCAUUUGCGGAAAUAAAAGAUGCAGUUAAAAAACUCAAUUAUCCAUUACUUACUCAGCAUCUUGAUCAAUAUUUACGUCUCAUUGAGGAAGAUAGUAGUCAAUUUUUAAAACGAGUUGGAGAUUCUGGAGGUGGUCAAUAUAGUGUUAAUAUGAAAGAAGCAUUUAAUCAAUUGGCAUGGGCAACUUUAGAAAAUAUUGUAAUGGAACGAUUUGGUUCAAAAGCUGCUAGAAUUUUCAGGUUAGUGCGUGCUAGAAAGUACAUUGAACAAGAACAAAUUCAACAAUUAGCUAUGAUUCCAGCAAAAGAAGCAAAACAUUUGACAUAUACUCUACUGCAAGAAAAUUAUUUACAAAUGCAGGAAAUAAAAAAAAGUGGAGUAUCAGCUGCACCAAUAAAAACAUUUUUUUUAUUUCACAUUGAUUUAAAUUUGGUGGUUCGUAUGGAAAUCGAACACUGUUAUCAUGCAUUAUACAAUAUAAUGCAAAGACGAGAGUAUGAAGUAAAUAGUAAUAAACGUAUGAUUGAUAAACAAUUGCGAAUGCAAACAUUAACAAGUAAUUUAAAAGAACAUGGUGCUCCUGAAGAACAAUUAGCAGAGAUUGCAGAAAUGAUGACUCCAACUGAGAAACAACAAUUAGAAAAAGUCCAAAAUACAAUUAAGAAAUUGGGUAUCACUGAAUUACAGAUUGAUGAUACUCUAUUUCUAUUGACGAUGUAUUUACGUUAUCACUAAAUGAAGGCAUAUUUUGUAAAAAUAUGACAUAUUAUCAUGAAUUAUUAUUAUAUUAUAAUAACGCUAUUCAUUUUUAUUCAAGUACGCAAUCAAUGCGUAAAUCCAUCAAAAAACAAAUACAUAAAAUUUCAUUCAUUUAUAUAGUUAUUUAUUUAUGUAUAAUAAUGGUUACGCUUGUAAAAUACAAACAACAAAGAAUACCUAACUUUCAAAUUAUUGUAAUAAAUAUAAUCAUAUGUCUAUGUUUAUAAUAGUGCUGCUCUCUAUGUGAUACAGUGCAUUUGAUGUCACUAUCUGUCAGGGAAAAUGAUCUUGGAGUACACACCUUUAAAUGUUCCAUCAUUGACAAACUUCGUGUAAUUAUACCUUUUGAUGCGAUAUAAAUGUAUGUUAGUUGAUUAAAAACAAAUUAUUAGAGUUAUGAAUCACAGCCAGCUCAAGGUGCUUUAUGGAUCAGUAAAUAAGUCGAACGCUGCAAAUGCUAUUUAUAAUUAGCUAAAAACGUAAUUUCAUUAUCUUAUGUAAAGAUUGGAGACCAUCAUUUUUAGUGUGUCGCUAUUAACGUACGUUUUACUUCCAAGUAUGAUUUUCCCUUAAUUCCUAUUAUAUACGUUGUACGUUCAUCUCAACACUACUGCGAUGGAAACGAUUUUCUCUGGUUCUAAAUUACUUAUUGGUAAUGAAGAUUCAAAGUAGAUAGUCUUAACAGUUCACCGAUCUUAAAUAUACAUAUUUUGAUUGUAUGCUAUUGACACCAAUUAAUAAUGUGUACAGCCAAUCGCAAAUAGUGAUAAGAUGAUCGUAAGCGUGUAAUCGCAUCCAACAUGCAUUUGACUGAUUUUAUACUUUUCUUUCUCUCUUUCUUUUGACACAUAUACACAUACAUACACACAUUCAAACUUUUUCCCUUCUCUCUCAUUUACACAAUUCUGCAUAGACUAUGUACAUUGCACGUACAUACAAGUUUCUGCUAGAAAUAACGUUGUAUACCUAAAACUAAGAUUGAAUUUCGGUAAAGCGUUAUUUUAUUAUAUAUAUAUUUUUUUUUCAUACCAUUAACAACAACGUACAUGUAAAUGAAGUGAAUUGUUGGAAUAUUGAGAUUGGAUGUUAGUGUUCACUUUUUUCUUCGUUACGUUAGAUACACUAUAGUAUUAGUAAUGCAUUCGUUUUACAAUUUACUAUUCUUACAAUUUGCAUUUGCACUGGUUGCAUUUCUUUUCUUUUUUUUUUUUUUUCUUUUGAAAUUCGAUGAAUUUACAGCGAGUGCAUCGGGAUUAUCGUGAAAAAUGCUUCGUUUCUAGGUAUACAAACG